CUGGCUACUUUCCCAAUACCGUUACGACAUUGCUAAACACUGUAUAUACUUUUGUAGCAGUUGUAUCUUCGGGUAAAACGUUCCACGCAUUGUAAACGCGCGACAACACUUGCGUUGGAAGGAGGCACCUCUUUACCUUGCUGGUACUCGUAAUUGAGAGUUUUUGCUGAUAAUAUCUCCCCAUCACUUGCGCUGAGCGGGUAGGCUGUUGGGCAAAAGCUAGUACCGCCAAAGACCUCCUCGCCCAGAUCACGUUGCUCCAUCAACGUUCUUCUGCAAUUAACGUGUGAGUCGCCGCUGAUAGCAGGCGGCAAUGUCGCAACCGGGCGGGGGGCCACCGCCUGGGGCGAUGGCCCCUGGCCCACAACGGCCCUCGUUGGGCGGUGGCGCUUUCCCAGGCGUGCAACCUGGGCCUAUUCAGCAAAGUAUGCAGCCUGGCCCAUCGCAGUCCACUGGAAUGGCGACUGGGCAGCAGCCGCUCUCAAUGCAUCCAGGGCCGCUCCCGUCACAACAGGGCGCACCGGGACUACCGCCCAUACAACCCCUGAAUAUGGCUCCAGGGAUGGCUCCAGGCCCUGGUCCGGGUAACGGAGGCGCGCCGCGACCUGGAGGUGCUCCAUCUUCAGCCCUACCCAUCUCACCACUAAACAUGAACCCAGGCGCACCGCAGCCCGCGCCUUCACACCCAUCCGCAACUCAAGUCCUGAACAUCAACCUCCAUCCAAACCAAGUCUUUGCUCAAACCCUCGCUCAGCACCUGGUGCACCAGCAGCAGGCCCAGGCUGCUCAGGCGCAAGCGCAAGCGGGGCUCAAGCGUGCAGCGGACGCCUCAUCCAACGCGCCCAACGGCUCUGACGGCAACCCGGCCGCCGCUAAGCGCCUCAGACCCGGGGAACCCGAGCCCAACGACGCCGCCUCCCGACCAUCCCCCGCAGGCAGCAACCCACCUCUCCCCUACUCCGGCGCUCAAGCCACACCCCAGCAGCAGCCCCCGCAGCCCGGUGCGGCUCUCCAUCCCGGCCCGGGUCAGUCGGCGGCGCCUGCGCAGCAGUCAGAGCAGCUGACGGCGCUGGCGUCAAUGGCGGCUGCCGCCGCGGCCGCAGGGCGGCCCAACCCCCUGGCCGCUCCCAACCCCCUAGCGGCGGUGAUGCUCCAACAGGUGGCAGCGCAGGCGCAGGCCCAGGCGCAAGCGGCGCAGGCUGCCGCCGCGGCCGCCGCCAGACGACGUGCCGCCGCUGCCGCCAUGGACGCGGACGAUGAGCACAAGCUGCUACCCCGUCGCGGUAUCCGCAUGGCGUUGCGGGCGGCUGGGUUGAACCAGCCCGAGUAUGCAAUCGACCCGGCGACGGAAACCGCCCUGCUGGAUUUCUACUCAGACUGGAUCGGUAACGCGGUUGCCCUGGGCUGCGAGGCGGCAAAGCGGCGCAAGUCAAACGUGCUUAAAGCGCGUGACAUUGCGCUGCAUUUGGAGCGCAGCUGGAACUUGUACAUUCCUGGUUUCGGAGGCGACAUGCUGCGGCCGUACCGCCGUGCGAACGCCUCGGAGCUGCACCGGCAGCGGCAACAGGCGGUACGGCGAACGGCAGCGGAGCUGGAUCACCAGCAGGUCCAAGGAGGGGGUUCUGGCGGUGUUGGGCUGCUGGCGUCACCGGCCCCGCAGCCGCAGCAGGCGGGUGUGGGUGGAGCGGGGCCUGGGGGCGAGGGGGCAGGCGGGAGCGGAGGUCCGGCGGCUGGUGCCGUGGGCGCGAGUUGAGAAGGCAUGGCAAAGCAGCUUGGCUAGGUUGGUGCGGCCACCCUUGCGGAGUAUGGCAUUGUAGGUGUUAUGGCGGUCGUUGGGUGACUAAGCCAUGGGGGUGGUUGAGUAUGCCAUGAGUCGCACGGAUGUGGGGUGCGCAUGCAGGGCCUUGGGAGUGGCCCGAAUGGGCGACAUGCCUGCAGGCGCUCUGGGGGCUUGUACAGGGAGCCAGGGAGGUGCGGGGUUGCGCCACAGUCCACACCCUAUGCAAGCGUGUAUUGUCGCAGGGGCUGUCUUGAAAGCGGAAAGCGACCUGAGUCUCCGCCGUGGGUGUUAGAGAGGUCAAGCCAUGAUGCGCCGACGGUGCCAGGAGGGCCCGACCAACUGGAAGGAUGUCACCGUGCAUGGGCGUAUACUGCCAUGCAUGUGUCUUGAGGAAGUAGGACCAGGCCGUGAUGUGCGUGUGUUUGGAUGCCGGAGCAGGGAGCAACGCAGAAGGGGCAGCGCUGGACUGCGUGGCGAGGUAUUGUUGCUACCUCGCUAUCAGUGGGGUGCGUUAGGGAGGUAGUUAGGAUUCGAGCGCACGCACAGCAGCCGGCCAGGGUCCGUGUGUCAGUUCUGCGCCUCAGGUAUACCACACACAGCGACUGACGCCUCUUUACGAAGCAUGCAAGACACCAGGGACCUGUCAAUGCAGCAAGGUGCUUGCGCUUCGUAGCAGUUUAACAGUUUAGGUCAAAUGAGGACGAGCAGGUCUGGUGCAGCGCGAGUGUGUUGGGUGGAGCGCAUGAAUGCAGACCAGUCGCUAUGGCUAACUACACCUGCGGAUCGGUUAGGACUCGUCUGGCUUUACAUUUGGCACGAGCUGUCUUUGUUAUGAAAACUGGCGGCGAGUCGUAACGUCGUACUGUGAUUGUCUGUGUGUGCUUGACCCCUGCUUGGUAUGUGCGGGAUUUAAGAGGGGUUCCUGGAGCGGCAGCCCAUGGCGUCAUAUGGUCUGCGUUACCAGCGCUUUAUGAUGUGUGACUUGAGGUCCGGAUGCAGGGGCAUGCAACACAAAGUUGCCGUUGGAGAGGGGAGCAUUGAUGCGCGUUGGGUGGCUGUGGUGGACGAUGUGGCGGUGCCUGUGCUUCGUGUUGAAUUUGUACACUAUCCCUCUGCCUUUUCUCCUGCGAAUUGAAGCCUCAUGGUCAUAUGGUAAUUAACCUCUAUAGGAUUAGCAAUGGACGUGAGGGGAGGUUACACAGGGAAGGCGUGCGGGCCAGCGAGCAGGACGUAGCAAGCAGCGAGUCAAGACCUCCAGACAAAAUCCUUUUCCAGUGUUCAUACAACGGAAGGCACGACCAAGUGUUCUGAUGCACGCAGCUCUCUAGCAACAAG